UCUCUGUAUGUGUGCAUAAUAAAUUAACGUCUUUUUUAUCGCUUCAAUGAUAAACCGUUUUGCUUGAUUGGUCUAAGGCACAUAAAUAAAGAAUAAAUAAAGCGCAACAAAAGCUUAUGUUGUUGCCAUUGCCGUUGUUGUUGCGCCUUUGUUGUUAUUGCUGUUCUUUGAUAAGAACCAGGCGUGUGAUAUCAUAUGCCAAAUAUCAUAUCCUAGGCAUAUCUAUUUUAUUUCUGGGUGUGGUAUGCAGCGGUCAGGUGAACAGGAAGGUGGUCUAAGUCUUUUUUUUUGGAUUUUUUUAAUGACAACUUUCUUGUUUUGAGAAGUUGAUACUUUAACUUUAGAUAUCAUUCAAUAUAAGUUUCAGUAAUCCUACUUUAUUCCAAAUGGUUAACAAAUUUUGGAAUUCUUAAACUUGGGAACCAUUGACAUUAAUUUCUUAACUACAAAACCGAAGUAUUUUUAUUUCUAAAUAUAUUAUAUACAAGUUCCAACAUAUUAAAAAAUAAUAAAAUAAAAUGAACGAAUUCAGCAACACAAUACAAAGCAAUGAUUUUUUAGCAGAAUAAUCCGACAAUAUCUGAACAGCUUACCGAAAAACCUGUGCUCCGUAGAAGCCAACGUAUUAAAGACCAAAAAGAAAGGCGUAGAAAAGAACUCGAACUGAAGAAGGUUCAAGAGUUCAUGGUCCCUGUACGAAAAACUACUCGAUCCCUAAGACGUACCACCGGUCGCAAGUGCAAAUCUAAGAAUUUUGCUCCAAAGGAGGUGUACUUUCAAUGCGCAAAUAUAAAUGGCAAGCUUUAUAAGCUAUUCGAUGACAUAGGUACUGGCACGACUCUUCGAAAGCAACAGCGGAAGUCGAAUAGCAAAAAAUUGCGUAACAACUUCGGAACUGCCAAACCACGUCGAAAUGGAAGGCCCAAGAAGAACAUGGAAAUCUCAAUGGAAGUAGAUUCAAAUGAUUUGGUAUGUACUCCACAAGUGCAGCCCUGUGAAAGGACUGAUAAUAAGUGUCCUAUUGAAAUGGACGAAGGAGAAGAUCUUAUGGAGCAAGAGGAACUUAUACCUAAAAAGAAUUUUACGAUCCAUAGCAUUCGCUUAGCUAAACCUGCUUUUAAGCUGGAAGAUGUAAAACUAGAAGUGACUUCCCGAAGGGAGCAGGGACAAAAUCGUCGAUCGGGAUUGGAUACAACCAGACCAAGGCGUUCAUUGAAAAGAAAGUCAUCUGUAAUACGGCAUACUGAUACGGAAGCCUUGGAUGUUUCAGAAAUGCCAAAAGAACCAAAACGCAGAAGAUAUUCCUUGGAAACAAAGGACGGGAACCAGGUAAACACAAACCCAAGGAAGGUGUCUCAAACUAAAGGAUUAUGUCAAAGGUGCAAAAAUAAAAAAAUUCCCGCGGCUACAUUCUUCGAGUGCGUCGAUAUUAACGGAAAGCUUUUUAAACUCGGCGACAUUAUGGAAAAUAUUAAUCUGAGCGUUGAUUUGCGGAAGAAACAGAAGGUGCAGCGUCAAAAUCGACGUCAAGACGUUUUGGGAGCCGCAAGAUCUCGUCGAGUGGCUAAAGCCUAGAAGUUUGGAUCUCAAGUAAAUAAAAUCAUGAAUACUAAAUUGCUGUGAUUAAACUGUGAUUUCUCAAUAAAUUGUACAUUUAUAAUCUUUACAAGUAUUAAAAUUUACUAUUUGCUUGCUAAAAAUAAAGUAAAGUAAACGCAAUAUUUUUUUGUGUGGGACUAAUCUUAUCCUGCAUCAAGCUGAUUUCCCAGAAAAGCCUUUACGAUGUAUUCGGUGUUGAUAUCACCUGAGAACGAAUGACGGACUUGCACAAUUUUACCCGUCGCAGUCAUACAAACAGUCGGGCUUCCGAAAUGUGCGGUUAUCAGGGCGGAUGAUAAACAAACUCACCCCUGAUACUACAGUUUUGUACGGCAUUAUUGUGUUUGUCAAACUUGGAAGGCCUCGCCGGACUAACGAAGUACACGUAUGUAUUUCCAGAUAGUGUCACGAUGAAAAACACGGCCACUCCAAAGCUCGAUCUCUCACCUUGAACCAAAACGGCAACUUGUAAUCCCCGAGACUUAAGCUGCUUGUAUAUAUAUUCGAGUAUCUGAAUAUCAGAUAAAAGCCAAAAGCCGCAGGAGGAGCUCAAGCAGCGCAUUCAAAAUUAAUCUGCGGCGGCAAUAAUUUCCGAUUUUUUGUGCUCUCAUGAAAAUCCCAAGCAUGUCAAAUUGUAUUCCAUUCAAGCAGCAAAAUGAAAAAUAAAAAAAUAAAAGCGGGCGAGAAAGAAAGAAAAAUGCGCACAUUGAGCUGACUGUCAAGAGAUCUUAACGAAACGAGAGAAAAUAAAAUAAACUGAUCCUGCAAAAGAAGACUUACACAUAACGAAUCAAGUAAGAAUGGUACAGAAAAAUAUAUCGACUUAAGGAUGACCUGUAGUAAUUAGUUUAUACUUCAUAUGAUUAGGUCUUUGUAUAGUUGGAGAGCUGUUUUUGCUAGGUCUUAAUAUUUGAUAUGAGAUUAUCUAAAUCUAAAUAUAAACUAUUUCUUGCUUGUUUUAUAUUUAUAAUAUAGGUUAUGAAGACGUAUAGACAAUUUUUACAGGUAUAAAAAACCCUAGUCGCAUUAUGGUAAUCUUUGAAACUUGGCAUUUUAUAGGAGAUAUAAAACUUAUUAUUAUUUUCGUUCAGUCAUACAAUAUACCCUGGCAAAAAAAAACGAUUUAGGAAUAAAAAACGAAAAUAAUAAAGAACGCAGGGCUUUGGAGCUGUCAGUCGUCGAGGUCCCAGAACGCGGCCUACGAAAUACAAAAGGCCAGGCAGCCAGCUUCGGUUCGGGCCAAGUGAGAAAACCAAGCGCGACACCAACACCAAAAACCGGCUGUGGGAAGAAUCCCCCCAACUCCAUCCUUCUCCUCGUCGAUGGUAU